AUGGCGCCGGGUGCCGCUCCGAACGACGGCGCGCCAUGCGGACCAUGCGGAUGGACGACGUGGUCCAUCCCGGAAGAUCGUGAUCUCUUCCAUGCAGCGAUGCACAAUGACGUGCGCACAGUGAAAACCGUGCUGCAACAUGGCGUGCCCAUGCCUUCCACCGCCGACAAGCUCCUGCUCGUCUCGGCCGCACGCGAUCGGUGGAAGACCGUGGAUCUCAUGAUGGAUCAUGGCUGCGAGGUGAGUUCCUCCACGACGCGCUGUGGGGAGGGCGCGCUGCAGAUCGCCGCCUCGCGGGGCAACUGGCGCGAAGUGGUGAAGUUGCUGGAGACAGGCGUCGACCUCACGUCCGAUGCCGCCAUUGGUGCCUUCGGCCUCGCGGCCAAGACCAACCGCCCGGAGGUCCUGGAGCGUUGCCUGGCACUGGGGAUGACCUUGGACACCUGGGGCGGCCACAAGGCCUUUCUGGACGCUGCGGCCGGCGGGCACGUGGAAGUGUUGAAAGUAUUGGUGUCCCACGGUGCAUCACUGAGCUCAUGGGUGGCGCAAGAAGCCGUCCGCUGUGCCAUUGAAAAGGAGCGAAAGGAGGUGCUGCACUUUCUGGUGCAGAGUGGUUUUGACGUCACAGGAGAACUCGGAGACUUGCUGUUGGAGAACGCGGCGGCUCGCAACGACAUCUGCUUGAUGCAGCUGCUUCUCAACAAGGGCGCGGACUUCCGCUGGAUGGGCGAAGCGGCGCUGAGCUCAUCGGGUCGAUGCUCCAGCUGGGAGGCCUUGCACUUUCUGGUCUUAGCAGAAGUGCCCUUGGACUCCUGGGCAGCGAUGUCCGCGGGGAUCCUCCUGGCGCCGGCGGAGGGGGGAAAAGCCAGUCCGACCACGGCCAAAACCGAUGGAUUGGUUGAUUUGAUCUUCAUCCGACUCAUCGCGCUCCCGACGACCGGGUCCUUCAACUUCCUCGACAUGAUCAACCUCCGACCCAAGGCCUUCGAGCAACUCUGCCGCGAAGGUGCGCGCCAUCCGGGCGAAGAAGUCCCGCAGGGCGGGCUUUUGUAG